UUGUGGAUUUGGAGAAAGCAUUCGACCAUGUUCCUCGUGGUGUCCUGUGGGGGGUGCUCUGGGAGUAUGGGGUCCGGGGCUCUUUGCUAAGGGCUGUUCGGUCCCUGUAUGACCAGAGCAGGAGCUGUGUUCGCAUUGCUGGCAGUAAGUCAGACCUGUUCCCGGUGCAUGUUGGACUCCACCAGGGCUGUCCUUUGUCACCAGUUCUGUUCAUUGUAUUUAUGGACAGAAUUUCUAGGCGCAGUCAGGGGCCGGAGGGGGUCCAGUUUGGGGACCACAGGAUCUCAUCUCUGCUGUUCGCAGAUGAUGUUGUCUUGUUGGCUCCAUCGAAUCAGGACCUACAAUGUGCACUGGGGCGGUUUGCAGCCGAGUGUGAAGUGGCUGGGAUGUGAAUCAGCUCUUCCAAGUCCGAGGUCAUGGUUCUCGACCGGAAAAAAGGUGGCUUGCCCUCUCCGGGUGGGUGGGGAGUCUCUGCCUCAAGUGGAGGAGUUCAAGUAUCUCGGGGUCUUGUUCACGAGUGAGGGGAGGAUGGAGCGUGAGAUUAACAGGCGGAUCGGUGCAGUGUCUGCAGUGAUGCGGCCGCUGUAUAGGACCGUUGUGGUGAAGAGGGAGCUGAGCUGAAAGGUGAAGCUCUCGAUUUAUCGGUCAAUCUUCAUUCCUACUCUCACCUAUGGUCAUGAGCUCUGGGUAAUGACCGAAAGGACAAGCGCUCGAAAUGAGUUUCCUUCAUAGGGUGGCUGGGUGCUCCCUUAGAGAUAGGAUGAGGAGCUCAGUCACACGGGAGGAGCUUGGAGUAGAGCCGCUGCUCCUCCACGUCGAGAGAAGCCAGUUGAGGUGGCUCGUGCAUCUGAUCCGGAUGCCUCCUGGGCGUCUCCCUCGGGAGCUGGAGGACGUGUCUGGGGUGAAGGAAGUCUGGGAGUCCCUGCUUAGGCUGCUGCCCCCGCGACCUGGCCCCGGAUAAGCGGAAGAAAAUGGAUGGAAACUGUGUCUCAGAUCACAUGGCCCUGACCUGUGGGGUGCCUCAGGGGUCAGUCCUGGGCCCCCUGUUGUUCAAUCUCUACAUGCUGCCAUUAGGCCAGUUAAUAAGGAGCAAUAAUGUGUCCUACCACAAUUAUGCAGAUGACUCUCAGAUCGAUGUCUCACUCGCAGCAGAAAACUAUGGACCAGUGGACUCACUUUGUCACUGCAUCCACCAGAUCAGUGAGUGGAUGCAAAACAACUUUCUCCAGCUAAACUCUGACAAGACUGAAGUCAUGGAGUUUGAUCCACAGAAACAAAGAGACAGUGUGAGCUGUCACCUCCAGUCUCUCUCUCUAAAACCUUCAAAUCAGGCAAGAAAUCUAGGGGUAAUAAUGGAAUCAGACUUGAACUUUAACAGUAACAUCAAAUCAAUAACAUCUGCAGCCUUUUACCAUCUAAAAAACAUCGCAAAAAUCAAAGGUUUACUGUCUAAAGCAGACUUAUCCAUGCGUUUGUCUCCAGUAGGUUAGAUUACUGUAAUGGUCUGCUUACUGUCCUCUCCAAAUGAGCUGUGAGACAGCUGCAGUACAUUCAGAACGCUGCAGCUCGGGUCCUUACUCGAACUAAGAAGUACGAGCACAUAAGUCCUGUGCUCAGGUCUCUGCACCGGCUUCCUGUGGCUCAGAGAAUAGACUUUAAAGCAGCUCUGCUUGUGUACAAGUGUCUCCAUGGCCGAGCACCAAAGUACAUCUCUGACAUGUUAGUGCCAUAUGAACCAUCUCGCACUCUGAGGACCUCAGGGACCUGCCUCCUGCUGGUGCCCAGAGUCAGGACUAAACAAGGGGAGUCAGCAUUUCAGGUUCACGCAGCUAAAACCUGGAACAGUUUUCCUGAACAUGUGAGACAAGCCUCUUCUUUGACGCUGUUUAAAUCCAGGCUCAAAACGGUUCUGUUUCACUGUGCAUAUGACUGAAAGGUUUUCAUUCCGCACUCUUCUUUCUAAUUUAUGUCUCUCUUUUUGAUUUUUAAUCGUUAUUAUUAUUUAUGUUUUGAUUUGUUUUUAUUGUGAUUUUAAUGUAUUUCUUAUUCUGUAAAGCACUUUGAAUUACUUUGUGUACGAAUUGUGCUAUACAAAUAAACUUGCCUUGCCUUGCCUUAACAAUUACUUACAGUUAAAUCCGCGGACAGUAGGUGGGUGUUGCUUAUUUCCACUCAGGUCCUGCUAACGGCUGAUACGUCAAUGGGGCAUCCGCGCAGCGAAUCUGAACCGGUUUAGCUGCGGAUCCGUUCAUUGAUAGUACAAAUCGAACAAGUGUUGUGUUAAAAGUAUGUUCACAGUGCUGAUAUAUGAUGAUUUAGCCACAUAUCCUCACUGUAACAGCAGGCUGCCCAAAGGAUAGGGUUAGCAGCAGUCAUAAAGCAAAUACGGAACAAAUAUGCAGUAGAUCCGCAAAGUGGACUUUGUGGGGCGGAUUUGUCUGACCGAAUGCGGAUCCGCUGCGGAUCCCAAAGCUAUCAGGGGAGUUGGCAAACGCGAGGACCGAUCAUUGCCGCUUGCAGCUAUAUCUGUUAAUGUUUUUAAGACCUGUAUUAAUAAAUGACACUCGUAUAAAGGCUACAUGCAUAGAAAAAUAAAGUUACCCUACAAAACUAUGUCAGGCGCGUGCUCGUUAAAUUUGCGCCACUGGAAUAAUCGUACUACAACUCCCAGCAUUCCUUGCGAACAGCUGAACCUGGACGGAACGACAUGCACAAGGAUUCCAGGGGGGUUCGCUGAAAAUGCAUCUUUACCGAAAGACACAUGUUUACCCCAAAAUAUAUAUUACUGUUGGCUGAGUCCUAGUGGUGGGUUCAGAAGAAGGGAGCAUGAAAUGGACUUGACACGGACCAGACCGUCUUUGUAUGGCGACAUCGCCCAUGGACUUGGAUUCUGGACAGACCGGUCAGCUGUACAUGAAGCUGCAGCCCAGGGCAGAGUUGUCCAGCUGCAGCAGCUAAUCGAGGAUGGGGCAGCGGUCAACAUUGUGUCUGUGGACUCCAUCACUCCUUUACACGAAGCGUGCAUACAAGGACAGACCCAGUGUGUUAAACUGCUGCUGGCCGCUGGGGCACAAGUGGAUGCCCGUAACAUUGAUGGUAGUACUCCGCUGUGCGACGCUUGUGCCGCAGGGAGCCUGGAGUGUGUCAAACUACUGUUAGAGUAUGGGGCAACAGUCAACCCUCCACUGUUUACCUUCUCACCGCUGCACGAGGCCUGCAUGGGAGGUAACUCAGACUGUGUUCAGAUUAUGAUUGACCAGGGAGCUUUGAUGGAGGCACAUGACUGUCACUAUGGGACACCUCUUCACGUGGCUUGUGCCAGGCAGCAUUAUGACUGCGUUAAAGUCCUUCUUAAUGCAGGUGCAAAUGUGAAUGCAGCUAAACUCCAUGAGACUGCCCUUCACCAUGCAGCCAAAGUGAAAAACACCAGUUUAAUAGAGCUACUGGUGGAGUUUGGAGGAAAUGUUUAUGCCAGAGACAACAUGAACAAAAAACCCAUAGACUACACAAGUCGUGGCUCUCCUUCUUAUUGCUGCCUUGAGUUUUAUGAGAACACACCACUGACCCUGCAGCAGCUUUCCAGGGUCACUCUACGCAGAGCACUGGGAACAAAGGCACAUGAUGUUGUAUCAAAGUUGGGCUUGCCCAGUCGAAUCAUUAAUUUUCUUUGUUAUGCGCAGCCUCCAGUUUUUGAACUUUAGCACUUUAAAUAUUGGUUUAGAUGCCCUGUUAUGAUAAAGCUACACAUUAAUGAUGAUACUUAAUCAACUUAAGUUUAAGCGUUGAUUGGUUAUUUAAAUAUUGUUUUAUUCCAAUAAGUGAAUGGUAUCAGUAUUUUACUCUGUAUGUUUAUGUUUUAAUUUGUCACUAUGUUCAUUUUCUAUAAAAAGUAACUUAUUGUGUGCGUUAAAAUUAUGUCAUGCA